AUGAGUCCGGCCGUGAACAUACACUUUGAUUAUGGAGGGAAGUAUACAGAAGUUGGAGAGGUGUUUAACUGGAUUGGAGGAAGUUCCACGUUUGCAAUAUCUUUGAAAUACCGUGCAAUGGAGGAGAUUACUUACUCAGUUUUAGUAGAGACGAUAUGCAGGAAGAUGGCAAUAGAUGAAAGAACAGCGGAACUGAAACUGAGCUACAUUCCAAUGGUAUUUAACCCUCAGAGCGAGUCAUAUAUUUAUGAUGAUGAGGAUGUUUAUGUGUAUCUAACAACAGUGGACGAAAAGGGAUUUAGAUCUGUUUUGCACGUGGAAGUAAUGAAAGAUGUGGAAGUAACUCAAAUGGAGCCGCAACUGUCUCCGCAACUGUCUAGAGCUGGUCAAGGUAGCUCAGUUGGUUUGAACAAAGGAGAGCUUGGUUCAAAUGUCAGUGCUGAUGCGGGGAUCCUAACUAUCUACAGAGCAGAGGGACCAGCAAAGCAACACAAUGAGCCAAUAAUUGAAGAGCCAAUGGAGAAUGAUGUUGAUGAAGGAAUGCAUAAAGAAUGUGGGGAUGAUGGUAACGCAAGUGACGAAAUUUUGGCAUUGAAUGAUGACGUAUCAGGAGGUAAUCGCAUGGAGGAGCCUCACUAUUAUGAGCCACGAGGUGCUGAUGAAGAAAGUCAGCUAGUUGCUGAAUGGGAAGAUGGUGCGGGUCUUAUAGUUGGUCAAGAGUUUAGUUCUAAAGCGACAGUGCAACAAAUGAUUGAGAGAGCUGCACAUAAAUACUGUUUUUCGUUCAAUACUAUCAAGUCCGAUAAAUACAGACUUAUGCUAGAAUGCCGUCAGAAGAAACAAGGUUGUAAGUGGUAUCUUCGAGCUGCGAGCGUUAAGGAUUCAAGCCGUUUUAGUGUCAGGGUUUACAGAAAGAUGCACAGAUGUUCCCGUGCUGCGCAGAGUACAAGCAGCAAUAAAUUGAAAGGUACACCAGAAAUGGUAGCAUCGGUUCUGCAUGAUGUGUAUCCAGGUCGCCUCGACACCCCAGUUCCUAAAAGUAUCAUCAAUAUUGUUCAAGGGCGUAUUGGUAUGAAUGUAUCCUAUUCCACUGCCCUGAGGGGGAAGAAACUCGCAUUUAAUUAUGUACGAGGCAGUCCAGAAGAUAGCUAUAGUAUGUUGUAUUCUUAUUUGCACAUGUUGGAGAAGGUAAAUCUUGGAACGGUAACAAGUGUGGAAUUGACUGCAGAGAAGAAGUUCAAAUACUUAUUCAUUGCUUUAGGUGCUUGCGUUGAAGGUUUUAGAGCAAUGAGGAAAGUGUUAGUAGUGGACGCAACUUUUCUCUCGGGUUCCUAUGGUGGUAUGUUAGUGUUUGCGAUAGCUCAGGACCCUAAUCGGCACAAUUACCCGGUUGCGUUUGGUGUGAUUGAUGGCGAGAAUAAUCGUAGUUGGCGGUGGUUUUUCGAAAAGUUAAAAACUGUAGUUCCAGAUGAUCCUGAGUUAGUUUUUAUGAGUGAUAGACAUCAAAGCAUCAUCAAGGCAGUCUCUGAGGUGUAUCCGAGUGCUCAUCAUGGAUAUUGUAUUUGGCAUAUUUCGCAGAAUGUGAGAGAUAGAGUUAGUAAUGUCAAUAAAGACUUUGUCGCACAGAAAUUCCGGGAUUGCGCUCAUAUCUAUACUCAAUCUGAGUUCAUUAGAGAGUAUGGUGAUUUCAGAGUUAGGUUUCCUAAAGCCGCUGAGUAUCUUGAUAAUAGUGUUACCCUGGAAAAAUGGGCUAGGUGCUGCUUCUUGGGGGAUAAGUACAACAUAGAGACCAGUAACUCGACAGAGUCUAUGAAUAGUUAUUUAGUGACUGCGAGGAAGUACGCCUUAUUGCAUAUGAUCGAUGCGAUUGUAGCUAAAGUUUCUGAAUGGUUUAACAGAUACAGGAAGGAUUCAGCUGGUCCUUUUUAUAAUAAGAGAGUGGUGCCUGUUGUGGAGAAUGAAAUACACAGUCGAUGUGCAAUCGCGUCUCUUUUAGUGGUGAUGGAACUAAACAGCUACGAGCUUGAAUACAGCGUUAAUGGACUGGACGGGAAAACUUACGUGGUGAACUUGAUAGCAAAAAGCUGUUGCUGCAGGCGGUUUGAUAUAGAUAAGUUCCCGUGUGAACAUGCAAUAGCCGCAGCGAAGAAACUGAUGAGCACGGAAGAUAGAUCAGCGAGUAUCGGAGUAUAUGACUUGUGCUCAAAAUAUUACUUGAUUGAGACGUGGGCAUUGGCAUACUAUCGAACAAUUUAUCCUGUUCCUCAUCAUACUGACUGGAGUGUUCCUGAAAACAUCAAAAAGUUGGUCGUCUUACCACCAGAUGUCAAGAAAAAAGUGGGUAGAAAUCAAGAAAAGCGGAAACCAGGGCCCGGAGAACGUCGCCGGAGGACAAAGAACAAGGCCGACCCUUACUUGGACUUGGAGGCUUGUUUCCGGUCUUCUCAACAUCCUCAGGCAGAAGGGGGUCCUUCAACUUAG